AGACUGUUGAGAAUUCUCAUCUCCGAAUCAGCUUACCUAAUAUGGGUCCUCAGAUGCGAAUGCGUCAUACAAGGCGUGACCCAAACUGACAAACAAAUAAUGAGAAGAUGGACUAAAACAAUUGACAACAGACUACAACUAGACAGAAUGCUAGCCAGCAAAACAAAAAGGAACACAAAAUUCACGAACCUAAUCCAAUCAACAUGGGAAAAAAUAAUAUCGCAAGAAAACCAUCUCCCCCACAACUGGGCAACAUCACUCAAGGUUUUAGUGGGUAUUAAG